AUGCCAACAUUCAAACAACUGAUUCAUAUUGGAUUUGACUUUGCACUGAUAUCAGUAAUCCUUGCAGGCUUGCACAGAAACACUGGGUAUGUGUUGGCAUAUGAAACGUCCGAUUUAAAGAACUAUAUACGCAAGUAUUUAAAUUGGGGGGAGUAUUUGUUCGACGAGUUGAUCAAGAUUGCUAAGCGAAGUUCAUAUUUUAGAAAAGAAUCAAAGAUCGAUGGGUUUUUGAAGGGAUCCUUCAAAAAGAUCGAAGAGUUAUCUGAUAAACAGCUAGCUGAGGAAUAUGCAAAGGUUCCUAGACCGGCUCAUCUAGAUUAA